AUGGCCACAUUCUUGGCGGAGGUGGAAGCCUGCUUGAACUCGCGUCCACUUCAGGCUUUGACAGAUGAUCCGGACGACCUUGACGCGUUAACUCCUGGGCACUUCCUGAUUGGAGCUCCUCUCAUUGCCAUCCCGGAACCAUCGUUACUGGACACAUCGUCCAAUGCGCUGAGUCGCUGGCGCCUCCUGCAAAGUAUGCGAGAUCAUUUUUGGCAUCGAUGGUCUCAGGAGUACUUGCAGGGACUGACCCCACGACCUAAAUGGUGGAGGGUCGCAGGAAACUUACAAGAGGGUCAACUGUGCCUUCUGAAGAACGAAAAUACGCCUCCAUCUCGAUGGCCGCUGGCCCGGAUUACACGCCUGCAUCCAGGAGACGACGGCCAGGUACGCGAGGUGGACGUGCGGACUCCAACCAGUAGGCUGACACGACCUGUCGUGAAGAUCGUCCCCUUGCCACUGGCUAGGGAGGACCAGGCCACUUCACAAGGUUAA